UUGAUUAGAUCUGGAUCUUGCGUUACGGGACGGCAAAAGCUUCCAGACGGGAAAUCUAUCCUACAUUCAAGAUGCAGAUUCAGUGCUGUCUACUGUCUUUAUUGCUCCUGCCGCUUGUUGCAGCAGGAUCUCUUACCGGAGCGGAGUACUCCCUCUCAGUGGUGUCGAUGAAGCCACUCGUGGAGCUGGAGACAAAGCUGAUCCAAAACCUUGACGACUAUGUAAAGGCCCUGGAGCACAAGCUGCAGAUACUCCGCAGGCACAUUUCAGAGAUGCGAUUGGAGAACGAGAAGGCGCAACGCAAUGUAGUCCUCUAUCUGUCGCAUCCACUCAACGCCUUCGCCCUCAUCCGACGGCUGCACCUCGACUGGGUGCAGUGGCGGAAAUACAUGGAGCAGCCCGUGGGAGGGGCGCAGAUGCGAAGCUUUGACGCCUGGCGGGACCAUCUCCCCACGCAGUUGGAUCUGCAGGAUGCGUGCAAUGGGAUAGCCCGCAUUCAGGACAUCUACGGCCUCCAGGAGAAGCAUAUCAUGAGGGGACAGCUGGCCGGCAUUAAAUACAACAUCAGCAUGUCCACUGGCGAUAUUUUCGCUGUGGGCCAACACUUGUCGAGGACCACAAACGCCAAAGAGGCCGUUCCUUGGCUGGAGGAAGUGAAAAGGCGCCUGCGAAACCAAACGCCCGGACCCCUGGCUGUGGAUAAAGCAGAGGUCCUGUUACUAUUGGCAGAGACGUACAUCAAAUCGAAGCACUAUGCAGAUGCUCUGCCCAUCCUUGAUAGGGCCCUGAAGCACAACAUCGCCGACGCUGUGCUCCUGCGUCGCAGGGAGGAGGUCCAGCAGCUGAUUGCGAAGGAGCCCAGCACCGUCUUGGAUAACGGCGAGCCCAAGGACAAUUCCAAAGUGGCUAUAUUGAAGUGGGGAUGCAGAGGCUUCUCCAGAGAGCAGUCCCCUAAGGCGCUCCACUGCUGCUACAACUUUACGACUACGCCCUUUCUCCGCCUGGCCCCCCUCAAAAUGGAGCUACUGGGGGAGCAUCCCGAUGUCGUGGUCUACCACGACGUCCUCUCCGACUCGGAGAUAGCCUAGAUCCUCGAAAUGGCAGAGCGAAGGAUGGCCAGGACAGCGA